GAUAGGCAGAGAAAAAACCCAACCGACAAUGGUUAAUUACGGGCAACGGCGCAGCUUCAACAGAAAUCGUGUACCCCGCUAGAUAACGGCAAUGAUUGAUAAAACGCCAGCGAAUAUAUCGACUUACGGAUUCCGAAGGCUGGUUAGUUUCCACUCGUCCGCACUCGCAGCGAAAUGCAAAAGCCUCGAGUUCUGAUCGUGCUCCUCCUGCUGGCUGGGAUCCAUCUGAUCCUGGAAGCAUCCCGCGUAGAAGCGGCCACCAAAAGGCAGCCGGUCAGUCGGAUUGUCAACGGACGCGAAGCGCGGGAGGGCGAGUUCCCAUACCAAUUGUCGCUGCGCCGCCAAACAGUUCACAUCUGCGGCGCCUCAAUCCUGGCCAGCAACUGGGCCAUCACCGCCGCCCACUGCGUCGACGGCCAUGAGCAGCAGCCGCGGGAGUUCACCCUGCGACAGGGCAGCAUCAUGCGGUCCACGGGCGGAAGCGUCCAGCCGGUGAAGGCCAUCCACAAGCAUCCGGCCUACGAUCGGGCGGACAUGAACUUCGACGUGGCCCUUUUGCGAACGGCGGACAAGGCACUCAGCUCGCCGCUGGGCAAAGUGGCGCCCAUUCGACUGCCCGCCGUGGGGGAGGCCAUCUCGGAUAGCGUGCCUGCCAUCGUAUCCGGCUGGGGACACAUGAGCACCACCAAUCCCGUCCUUUCGCCGGUUCUCAAGAGCACCACGGUGAUGACGGUCAACCAGGAGAGGUGCCACAACGAUCUGCGACGUCACGGAGGAGUCACCGAAGCAAUGUUCUGUGCGGCUGCCAGAAACACAGACGCAUGUCAAGGUGAUAGCGGAGGUCCGAUUAGCGCCCAAGGAACCCUCAUUGGAAUAGUAUCCUGGGGAGUUGGCUGCGCGGAUCCCUACUAUCCGGGAGUCUAUACACGCCUGGCCCACCCGACUAUUCGCCGCUGGAUACGCCUGCUCACAAAGUUGUAGAUUUGUAGCUAAUUAUAUGGAAACAAUACAUGAAAAUUCUACUGCAUAAA